GCCGGCCCGCCCCUUGACGCGCGGAGGGCCGGGUCCGCCCUUCCUCAAGGAUCCGCGCGAUGAGCAAGCCAAGCCUCCGCGCGAGCGUGGCCGCCGCGCUGUCGUCCAUCACGCCGGCGCAGCGCGCCUCUCAGUCCGCCGCCGUGCUCGAGCAGCUGCGCUCGGUGCCCGCCUUUGCAUCCUGCACCGGCGCAGCCUCGAUAUACCUUCCGAUGGAGGGGGCGUGCAACGAGGUGGACACGUGGCCCAUCGUCGCCGACCUGCUGGCGCGCGGCGUUCGCGUCGCCGUGCCGCGCGUUUGCGGUUGCUCGCCGACCGACAUGAAGAUGCUCGGCCUGAGUGGCGACUUGGAGGCGGCAAAGGCGCUGCCGCGCACCAAGUGGGGGAUCCCCGAGCCGGACGAGGCCGCGGCCGCCUCGAUGGAGGACCUGACCGAGAGCGAGGACCUCUCGCUCCUCCUCGUGCCCGGCGUCGCCUUCGACGCGCGCUGCGGUCGGCUCGGGCACGGGCGAGGCUACUACGACGCCUUCAUCUCGCGGCAGCGGCGGCUGCAGGGCGGAGGGCGGCCGCAGGUGAUUGGGCUCGCCCUGAACGAGCAGAUCGUGGAGGCGGUGCCGAUGGGCGAGCUGGACGAGCGCCUCGACGCCGUCGUCUCUCCGCAGGGGGAGCUGCGCUUCACGUCGGAGGCGGAUGGAGCAAAGGCGGCCCGCCUGCUGCAGCGGGGCGAGGGUGCGCCGGCCGAGGGCGCGGGCGCGGGCGAGGCGGCGGCCCUCUCCUCGCGGGUGGAGAUCGCCGUCGGCCGCUUCAAGUACGCCUGCCUGCGCGUCUCUCCCCCGCGAGGCUCCGGCGGCGCGCCCUUCCUCGCAGUGCGGUCGGGGCGCGGCUCGUACCACGCCGACGUGGCCGAGGCCGGCGGCUAGGUCCCCGGUCCUGGGCGCGCAGAACACGCCAGUGCGGCCCCCGGUUGGGACUCAAGUGCGCGACGCUACCGACGCAGACGGAGGACGAUCGAACCGCUUGUAGUUUGUUUCAAUAGUAUUUGUUGCGGU